CGUGUGACGUACAUCCGGCGAGUACCUGGCCGUGCGGGUUGCUGCUGGCCUGUGUGCUCUGAGGGAGGGUCCGAGCCGCCCGCCGCCGCCGGAGGAGCCCCUCGGGCCGUAGUAAGCAUUAAUAAUGUCUUUCAUCUUUGAGUGGAUCUACAAUGGCUUCAGCAGUGUGCUCCAGUUCCUAGGACUCUAUAAGAAAUCUGGAAAACUUGUAUUCUUGGGUUUGGACAAUGCAGGCAAAACCACUCUUCUUCACAUGCUCAAAGAUGACAGAUUGGGCCAACAUGUUCCAACACUGCAUCCGACAUCAGAAGAGCUGACAAUUGCUGGAAUGACCUUUACAACUUUUGAUCUUGGUGGGCAUGAGCAAGCACGCCGGGUUUGGAAAAAUUACCUUCCUGCAAUUAAUGGGAUUGUCUUUCUGGUGGACUGUGCAGAUCAUUCUCGCCUCAUGGAAUCCAAAGUUGAGCUUAAUGCUUUAAUGACUGAUGAAACAAUAUCCAAUGUGCCAAUCCUCAUCUUGGGCAACAAAAUUGACAGAACAGAUGCUAUCAGUGAAGAAAAGCUCCGUGAGAUAUUUGGGCUUUACGGACAGACUACUGGGAAGGGGAACGUGACCCUGAAGGAGCUGAACGCCCGCCCCAUGGAAGUGUUCAUGUGCAGCGUGCUCAAGAGGCAAGGCUACGGCGAGGGUUUCCGCUGGCUCUCCCAGUAUAUUGACUGAUGUUUGGACAGUGAAAAUAAACGAGUUUUACUUCUCUGGACUGAUCCUAUUCACAGCUUCCUCAUGAACUUUUCUAAUAAAUCAAGGAAAGCUCUCCAGCCAUGUCUGGUGUUGAGAAGCCAAGAGUCUCUGUCAGCUCUCAUCGCCCAGUGGUGACAUGUGCUCUUCUCCGCACUGUCGGGAGGUGACGCUGCCCACGCACUGGUGCAGGUCGGAGUCCUGGGGAGUGAAGCUGUGUGCCAUCCCGGGGGCACCGGAAAAGAAAAACACGUCUCACCACUGUGGUGCAUUUCGAGCGAAAGUGAUUCUAUUUUUUAAAGAAAGUGUUGUUAUUGUAAUUGGUCUCCCUCCUAACUAUUUUGAGUUCACAAUUUUCUUGGUCCAGAGUUUUCUAUUUUUUUUUUUAAACUAGUAAAUGGCAUUUAGAUAUUUCAUUCAAUUAUGAACCAAUACAAUUAGAGGCCAGAGCUCAGUUGGGUGGCCCCACUCCUGCUGAGUUGGCAGGUUGCUGAGAGACACUCCCCUGAGCUCCCCGGCUCUAUAACCACCUUGUAGCCGGAGGCAUCACCUUGUGCACGGAGAGUGGAAAAGGGUGAACCCUGGCCUCGCAGUCGUGGCAGGCUUCACUGUGGAAAGCUAGGGGCAUCCCUCCCCCCGGGGAUAGACAUUGUUCACUGUGGAAAGUGCAUUGCUGGGUGGGUUGUUACUAUUCUACUUAUAAGGUUACAAACGUCAGCCGUCUUUGCUUUUAUACCAUUGUGAAAUUUCUCUGUAUAGCAUCUUUUCAUUGUCAGUUAUAAAGUGACUUAGCCUCAUUUCAGAGUUGAGAACAUCUCAUGUGGUCAUGUACUGCAGGUGUGUCUCAGCUACUUUUGCACAGAUUCUGGGGGAAAUUGUUCUGAACAGAAUGACAAAGUUAAUAGCUAAAGAGGUCUUAAUUCUGUGAGUUGAGGACUUAAAACUCUGGUCUUACAGUACUUGUUUGAAUCCAGGGAAGAUUUCCUCAGUGGGCUUUAAAAUUUCCUCUUGCAGAAUUUGGUCCCUUUAUUUGUGAGCUCUUUUGCUCAGAUCUUUUCUUCUUACCAGUUAUUUUAUUUUUAUUUUUUUGGUGUUUAUUUAAAGGUCAGUAUCUGUAGCUUUUCCAGAUUUUUUUUGUUUGGAAUGAAACUACCUUUCUCACGUCACAAAAUCAGCAGGGGACAACACUAACCAGGGGCCCUCUGUGGGCUGCUCCUUCGCAGGCAGCCUCGUGUGUCAGUGAGCACCCCGGACACAGACAUCAGCAUCCCCCGAGGGGGUGAGGGCUGUUUGCAUAGCGUUCCAUUUUCUCAGUGCCACGCGUGCAGUUGGGUGGGUGUUCAUGAUCUUAACCUGUGUUCCGCCCUUGCAGUAGAAGGAGAAGGGACAGGAGGUGGUCUCAGGAGCGGAGGGGCCUGUGUGCAUUUUUCCUUUAAUAAAAGAGUCGAGGUACUUUUUGUGAUGGUGGUGCUCAUUUGCAAAGGACUGAACUAAAUUCUGUGGAUUCCUCCUUGUGUGAGGGUAGGGAGGAUGCGGAUAGCAUAUUUCUGGGGUGAGAGAGUAGCAUUCUGAAGUUGGGUUUCCUGUUCUUUAUCUUCAGCACUGACCUGCAGGGAAAGCCUGCUGUCACUGCCGGGGCCCAGUGCAGAGGCUUGGGGGAGUCAGCCUCCGAAGUGCAUGUGUUUCAGUCGUUCCCAGGCAUUGCUGGAUUAAGACACAGUUGUUGGUUUGGAAAGGGGUUAAAGCCUUAAGUGAACAAAUAUAGCUAAGGGUGAAUGAACUAGGUAGUUAACUUGUAUACUUUUGAUUUCCUUUAGCUAAAGGUUACCUGUACUUCUCAACUCAGAGACAUGGGAAGUAUGACUGCUUCAGUGUUAGUUUUCUUGUUUUUAUUUUUUCUUAUUUCCCCCUAAUCACUUUGUAGCAAGCCAGAGAACCAUGGAAGUCAGCUCUUUGUGAAAGUGGUUUAUCUUGGCCACUGGAGAAAGCGGAGAUGGCAAAGCCAAGUAGAUGUCCAGUCUGUUUCUCGCCCCACAGAACAGCAUUUGUGUAAUAAGUUAGCUGAAAACAGGAUCAGAGCCUUGUGCGGGAACUCCCGGGAUUGAGACUUUUCAUUCUGUUUUAUCAGAGUGUUUCUGUGUCCUAUUUCAGGGAAAGUAAAACAGUCAUUUACAAAAGAAAGUCAAUCUGUAUCCUUAACAUUUUAAUAAAAAGUUAAAACAAA